AUGCCUGGCCGUACCUCAGCACAAGAUGGCUUCCACCAGCUUGUCCAGGCUCUCAGCGAUAAGCUUGGACCUUCCCGUGGGAUUGAUUCGGAUGACAUCGAUCCCAGUGACCUCCAGAAGUUGAUGGAGGACUACGUCUCGAAUGAUGCAGAGUGGGAGAAAUACUACUUCGCGUCGGAGCACAUUCCCUACACGAGGAACCUGGUCGACAAGGGCAAUGGCAAGAGUAACCUGCUUAUCCUGGUUUGGGGACCAAACAAAGAAAGCGUUGUGCAUGAGUAA